AAGGCUCGGACCAUCAUAGAAACCACAAAGGCAAUCUGCAAAAUAUGAUGUUGAGAAUGGAGAUCACAAUGCUUUUAUCAUUGUUGUUGCUAAUCCACUCUCUCUCCACAGCUCAGCUUCAACCAGACUCUAACAAUGAAGUUAUUUCACAUUUAAGGCAAACAGAAUCACAGGCAGCAGGUGCAGGAAAUCUCUCUGACAAUCAACAAACUUGUGCACAGGACAUUCAUGCAGUGCUGAGAGAGAUGAGCGCCUCAUUGGCUGCACUAAAGGUUGGUAUGGAGUAUCUACAGAGAGAUAAUGAAGCCAAGACAGAAGAACUGGACUUGCUAAAACAACAAUAUCAAGAGCAAGUGACAAAAGUAAGACGUCUUGAGCAGCAGUACCAAGGAAAACAAGUGGCGUUCUCCGCCUCAGUGUUCGCUGGGGGUGCUCAAGGAUACGUCGGACCAUUUAACACAGACACAGUUCUGGUCUUCAGACAUGUGGCUACUAAUACUGGGAAUGCCUACAACCCACACACAGGGAUUUUUUUUGCACCCGUCAGAGGAGUCUAUCAUUUUGAGUUCUACCUACAUGGCCAUGGACAUGCGUCACAUCCUACAGCUGCUUCGUUGGUCAAGAAUGGGCAGCAAAUCUUCACUGCUUUUGAAGGGCAAGCUUCCUUUUCUGUUAAUCCUUCUAAUGGGGUGAUUUUACAUUUAGAGUCUGGAGAUGUUGUUUUUGUGCGUCUCUGGCGGAACGCAAGAAUUUAUGACACUGUUGAUCAUCAUACAACCUUCAGUGGCCAUCUGCUUUUCCCCAUGUGAGCAGGAAACUUAUCUGAUUUUCUUUGGCCAUCAGGUUUUACUUUUGUGACUCAUAAUUAAACUUUGCAGAAGGUUACAUUUUUAUAUAAUGUUUUGAUGAUGUUAAAAUAAAAAUAUUGGCAGCAGGAUUUGCUGGCUUGGUCAGUAAAGUACUGGGUUAGACCCAUGAUUAGCUUUAUAUCAGCAAGUUCAAGUGUCUGUAAUUUUACUCAGCUCCUAAUUCAGAAAUCAGAUCUUUAAAAAGAUUGUUUAUUUUAGCUUUUAUUUUUUUAAAAGCAUUUGAGUGAAUGCCUAAUUUGGAACAAAAAAAAACCUUAAUAAAGAAUAAAGAAACAUCAAUGUAGAACCAGAAUAACAGUCAAAAGGGAAUUAAGAAAUUAAAUCAUACAAUUUUUAAGCAGAAUUAACCAUAUUCCUGAAGGCAGCAAAAAUAUUAUAUAAGGACUUUAUUGCUCAGCACACACUGAAUGUAUAAUCACAUAUAUGCAGUAAAUUAAAAUAUGUCAUGAUAAGGUUCUAAUUGUAAAUGUGAUAUC